AUGAUAGUAGAUUCAGGGUCACCAGCUAAUAUUAUCCGGGAAUGCACAUUCCAAAAACUAAAGGAAGGAGGUGCAAAUAUCAUGAACGAAAGGGAUGCGGACGACCUACAUCUACAGUCCUUUGCUUCUGACUCCAAAAUAUUGUUCACGAGGGCUUUUGAGGCGGAAAUUAAGGUUCCCGAUGCAGAGGCUGGAGUAUGGACGCAUCUCCUAGUUGCUCCUAAGGGCCAGACCGAUUUGUUGAGCAAGGCAACCGCUUUUGCUCUAGGCGUUCUAAAAAUUGGAUACAGUGUGAACCAAAUCAGUAGUGAAUCGGAUUAUACAACGAUGGACUCGGAAUUUCCAAAGCUACCUGGCCCUGCUUUGAAAAUUCAAGUGGACGGUCACAUCAAACCCGUUGUCCAGGCUGCAAGACGCCUUCCUAUCUCGAUGGAAGCCGACGUUGAAAAGGUCAUACAAGAUCUUAUCGAUAAAAAGAUCAUCGAACGGGCAGAAGCACCAUUCACAUGGAUAUCACCGCUAGUACCGGUUAGGAAAAGUGAUGGGAAAAUAAGACUCUGCGUUGAUAUGAGGGCUGCCAAUCAAGCAGUAAUUCGCGAACACUACCCUAUGCCAAAUAUUGACACCGCCAUAGCGGGAAUACGCAAGGUGGUCAAAUUAUCGAAAAUAGAUCUGGAGUCAGCUUAUUACCACAUCGAGUUGGAAUCGGAGAGUAGAAACAUUACUACAUUCGUAUCAAGAAGCGGGGUAUAUCGUUUCCGCAGAUUGAUGUUUGGUAUUAAGUCUGCCCCAGAGUUGUUUCAACGCGAAAUGGAGAAUUUGUUUCGUGGUAUCAAAGGCUUGAUCGUAUUUAUGGAUGACCUAUUGGUAUAUGGAAGUACCGAAGAGGAACACGACGAGAUAUUAGCGGAAGUGCUACGACGAAUCAAGGAAGUUAAUAUGAAGAUUAAUGAAAAGAAAUCGGUUUUUGGUGUAGAUGAGCUCACAUUUCUUGGUCACAUCUUAUCUGUUGACGGGAUUAGACCAACUCAAGAUAAGAUCCAAGCGAUAUUAGAUUUACGCCCUCCUAAAAACUUAACUGAGCUCAAGUCCCUUCUAGGAAUGAUAAACUUUGUUGGAAAGUUUAUUCCUAAUUUGGCAACAAGAACUUCUGAAAUGCGAAAGCUGCUGAUCAAGGAAUCUUCUUUCGUAUGGGGUGAACAACAUACGGCCGAAUUGAGUCAAAUCAGAUCAGUAUUAGGCAGAAUUGAAACUUUAGGUUUCUACGAUCCCGACGAUGAUACGUUUCUAGUAACGGAUGCCAGCCCAGUAGGAGUCGGCGCAAUUUUGAUACAAAAGAAAGAGGGAGUGUCUCGUGCCAUCUACUGUGCCUCAAGAAGCUUAGCAAGCCACGAAAGGAAAUACUGUCAGACAGAAAGAGAAUGUUAUGCGAUUGUGUGGGCAAUGGAAAAGUUUUAUAUAUAUUUAUAUGGACGACAUUUUUUUCUAAUAACAGACUGCAAGCCUCUACAGUAUCUGUUCAACCGAGCGCAAUCGAAGCCUUCAGCCAGAAUAGAGCGAUGGAUUCUUCGCCUUCAAGCUUUCGAUUUUGAAGUCAAAUACGAACCUGGGGAUAAAAAUUUGGCCGAUUCGUUCUCUCGAAUGGCUGUUAAUGGAGAUCCGGUGUCCGAGGAACAAGAUGUUGUACAGUGGUUGAUUAAUGAAACGAGACCUAUUGCUAUUGGAGAAGUUGAACUACAAAAAGCUUCUAUGGAGGACGAAGAAUUAAACAGCGUUAAAGCCGCAAUAUCUUCCGGAAACUGGAAUGAAGUUGCCCUUCCAUACAAGACCGCUACAAUCAAAGAUGAUCUUUUGUGUUAUGGAGAGCUGUUGCUAAGAGGAGACAGGAUAGUGAUCCCUGCAAAACUCCGUGAAAAGGUAGUCAGGUUAGCUCACAUUGGACACCAAGGCAUCACAGGUAUCAAAGCCCAUCUGAGAUCGAAAGUUUGGUUUCCAGGGAUGGACAAACUAGUGGAACAAAUUGUCAAAAGCUGCAAACCUUGCCAAAUGACGGCGUUGCCUGAUAAGCCGAACCCUAUUGGUCGCCGAAUUCCCACUCAACCUUGGGAAGAUCUUGCUAUGGAUUUCAAAGAAGGAUUGCCAGAAGGAAAAUCUUUACUCGUUGUUGCAUGUUACACCAGUUGUUUCAUGCAAGUGGAAACCAUGAAACCUGCGACAUCACAAAAAGUUAUUCGUGCCUUAUUGAAGAUGUUCGCAUCGCUUGGAGUUCCUCGAUCAAUAACAGCUGACAACGGUCCUCAGUUUAGAUCUUCAGAGCUUAAGCAAUUUUGCACUAGCUACGGCAUUCAUCUGAACCUCUCCACUCCGUAUUGGCCGGAACAAAACGGAGCGGUUGAGAGAGACAACUGGUUUAUCCCCUGCGAAAAUGAUUUACGGUCGCGAAAUGAGGAAUUCAAUCCCGUCAAUCUACAAUCUAGCUUGUUAUUGGAGUCGUCGAAAGAUCGGGACAUGGUCAUGAAAGAACAGCACAAAAUUCGAUCGGAUACGAGACGCCAUGUCGCUGUUCAUCAUCUUCAAACAGGAGAUAUUGUCAUCAUGCGAAAUUUGAAGCUGGGGUCGUUACAGCCUACGUUCGGAGAAGAAGAAUUUGAAGUAAUUUUUAUUAAUGGGGGAGAAGUGGUUGUCAAAUCGAAGGAAACGGGCAAAACGUAUAAGAGGAAUAGUACUCAUUUUAAGUUUCUGCGUAAAGACGAAAAGUUAAGCGGAGAUGAAAGCGAAGAAUUUAUAGAAAAGGAUUUCGAGAAUGAUAAAAGACAGUAUACUGAGGAUGGCGGGGUUGGUAGGCAGCGUAGGGAAAUCCGCAAACCCAAGAAGUACGAAGACUACGAAUAA